CCGCGGAAAACCCCGCUGCAAUUAGCAUAUUUCCUUAAUUGAAAAUCUUCGUGUUCAAGAUGAAACCUGUCGGGACUUGGCUGGAGUUUUGAUCGUCGACGGAGGAAAAGUUCAUGUCUGGACACUCAGUGCUGUAGGUGAUCCUCAACAUGGGAACACCAGCUAUUAACUCAGGUGGACAAAUGGAGGCCCCUGCACAAGGGGCACCACAAGUUGUGACAGCACCAAUAGCAGACCCAGAGAAACGCAAGCUCAUUCAGCAUCAACUGGUUCUCCUUAUGCACGCCCACAAGUGCCAGCGACGGGAACAGUCAGCUGUGAAUGGCGAAGUGCGGACCUGCCAAUUCCCCCACUGUCAGACCAUGAAGAAUGUCCUGACUCACAUGAGAGAGUGUCAGGCAGGGAGGAGCUGCCAAGUGGCACAUUGCGCAUCAUCCAGACAAAUCAUCUCUCAUUGGAAAAACUGUACAAGAAGUGACUGCCCAGUUUGCCUACCAUUGAGGGAUACUGCUACUAGAAAGGAGGUUGAGGUCAGCAUAAUUACUGAAUAUGGGCCGGCAAGCAGAAAGCGCCAGCAUAGUGAGCUCAACAGUAGUGAUCAAGUUAAAAGAACAAAACAAGCAUCACCAGUACCAGUUGAAGUAGAGAUGGGAGGUCCAGAGAUGAGAGUCCUAUAUGAGCAGGCCUGUAAAAAAGGCACCACCCAAGUCUUCUACACCAGACUGUUACUGGUAGGACAACAUGGAAAUGGUAAAAGCAGCUUAAAGAAAAGCUUGCUUAAACUAGAGUUCCAUGAAGAUGAGGAGAGCACUGAUGGAAUUGUGAUCACUUCAUGUCUCAUGACUGGGAAAGAAGGAUGGAAAAUCACCAAAGGGAUGAAGGACAGUGAGUUUGUUCAUGCUGCUGCAAUGGAAAUGAAAAAGAUGAAAGAAGAGGAGAAACAAGAACAAAGCGUAUCCAGGAUGGCAGAUGGAGACACAUCUGACCCUCUUGCAAGCAGAGUCGAAUCAAGAGAGCCUGUCUUGGGUACAUCAUCACAACCUUCUGCUAGCCAACAUCUUAGUACUAGCAUAAGACAAGCAGCUACCCAGCCAGAGGAAUACAAACGUGCCACCCAGAUUGUUCUUGGCAAAGAUGACCUGUCCAAUGUCGUUGGAUCGAAGGAACAUCCAGCCAUUUCAGUCUGGGACUAUGCAGGCCACGAUGUGUACUACAGCAGCCACCAUGUCUUCUACAGUCACUAUGCCAUCUACAUUGUCACCCUGAAUCUUGAGAAGCCUCUCGACACCCCACUUGAGCCAUGGCCUGGCAGCUGUGCAGAAGCACUUCAACUCAGGACAGAAGGAGACAUCGUUGACUACCAUCUGGAGUCCAUCCAAGUGCACACUGGACCAAACAAGAGGACCCUGUUGAAUGAUGAGGAACUUGAUGUGAAAAAACACAAAGGGCCCACUGUGAUUGUGGUUGGUACACAUAAAGACCAAGUAGAGCAGGCACAGAUUGAUGAGAUCUUCUCCAACCUCAAGGAGCGUUUCAGAGGGAAGGCCAUUGACAGUCAUGUGCAUGACAGGUACUUUGCCAUUGACAACACCAAGCGUGAUCCUGAAGAUCCUGAGAUGUCACAGCUGAGGGAUUGCAUCUUCAAGAUUGCCCAACAGCAAAACCACAUGGGCAGGAGAAUCCCAAUCAGAUGGCUGGAGCUGAAGUCCACACUCAUGGCAAUGGAGAAGCAGGGCAGGAAGUACUGCAGCCUCCAGGAGGCGAUGGCAGCUACCGACAGCUCUGAUCUACCUGAAGGAGUCACUCCAGAAGAAAACGCUGCCACCAUCCUGACGUUCUUCCAUCUGUGUGGAGACAUCCUAUUCUUCAACAGCCCAGAACUCCGCAACUUUGUGGUCCUGGACCCGCAGUGGUUUGUGGACGUCCAGAAGACCAUCAUCACCAUCCCCCAGUUUCGGGAUCCUGAAGUGAAAGAGAAGUGGAGGUUGCUGGAGACAACAGGUAUGUUAGAAGACAGCCUUGUGACUGAUGUGUGGGAGAAGAAACAAGAAGAACUCAACUGUGAUCUUAUCUCUCACAAAGGAGAGCUGCUGAAGAUGAUGGAACAAUUUGACCUGGUCCUGCAGUGCAGCAUUGACACAGAUGGCGAAACAAGUACAAGCACCUCAAGCUCACAGAACCCCGCCUACUUUGUGCCUUCACUCCUGACUGCUGUCAAGAACAAGGAGAAACUGUAUCCAAAAGGCCCCAAAUGCAGCAAGCCCAUCUUUGCAGUGUUUGACGACAAGUUCUGCCCUGUUGGUGUGUACCACCGCCUUGUCAUCGCGUGCAUGCGUCGACAUAACAAGCGGAAGCCACUGGCAUAUGCACGCUGUGCAAGGUUCGUUACAAGCAAACCAAAGCAGACCUUCGUCAUCACCAAGACCGACUACUACCUGCAAGUGGAGCUGUUGUCGUCAGAGAAGGAGGAGUCUGCCUGCUUCAGCCAUGGUCCAGAUGUCCGCAAAGGUCUGGAUGAAGACCUGAGGGAGAUCAUCAACAAGUGGAUCCCAGGCCUGAGGUACAAGUGGUGCCUCAAGUGUUGCUGUGACAGCCACAAGGACAAGGAGCUGAAUGGAGACAGCUUCAUCCCCAUCACAAGUGUCACAGAAUGGUUCAUGGAUGGAGAAGUUGUUUGUGAAGCCUACUCACCUGCCACAACAACCAUUGAAGACAUUGGCCUUGCUCACUGGUUCCAGAAACAGCUGAAACGGUCAGCAGCUGGUCAACAGGAGAGGUCAGAAGCUGUUUCAACAGGAGAGUGUGAUAUCUCAUCUGUAGCACAGUUUUUCCCCAUUGUUGUUGAACUGAUGAUGAAGCCACCUUGGAGGGAACUUGGGAGAAACCUGGGCCUGUCUCUAGCAGUCAUGGAGAGAAUCAGCCAGAAGCACCAGGAUGAUACAGGGAGAUGCUGUUUGGCAGUACUUGAGGAGUGGCUGCGUCUGUUUGGCAACAACGCAACCCUGACAAGACUGAAGUGUGCCCUGGACACAUCCGGACAGAUUGCAAUAGUGGAGAAGUUGAACACACGAGAGCAGUCCAUGCGAAGAGAGUUACUGGAUUUGCAGAACCAAGUGACAGGCAUACUGCGUGCUGACUUCCCUAACCUGGACUUCGUCCCAGACAUCAGCAGGAAAGCAAAUGAGAACAGGCAGGAGCUCAACAAGAAGACACUCUCUGAAGAGUUGUUCUCCAGUAGUACAAACUACAGCCUUGACUCAGAUGUUCAUGAUCUGAUACAAGAUAGAAAACGAUCGGUCUGUCGUAUCAACUGGCCGGGGGGUUCAGGAACAGGAUUCCUGUUGAGCAAGGGGAAGGUUCUCACAUGUUACCAUGUGUACCAAAGAAUGAACGCAGCCUCACAAAUGUUCACUGAUUUAAGUUUGUUCACUGCAACAUUCUGUGUGUCUUCAACAGUGGAACACAAAGUGCGCUUCCUACCUGUUGGGCCUGUGUGUUACAGUGAAGUAUCUGAUCUAGAUUAUGCUGUCCUGAAAUUGGCGGUUGAAGGUGCGAUGGAAACAAAUCUUGACAGCCUGCCUCAUCUUGGCCGCUUGAUCUCAGAAAGCGAGGAUGACAGAAAGAUGGUGGUUGUUGUUGGCCACCCCCACUGUGGCAGCAAGAAGAUUGACUUCUGCCCGAUCGCUGGAGUGGCCGAGCAUUACGUCAUCCACAUUCGCUUUCCUAACCGUAUCCAAACAGACCCACGUAAGCCCCUGUACCACACAGGUGUGAUGUUCCACGGCUCCUCAGGUUCCCCAGGGUUUGACAUGAAUGGUAAUGUUGUGCUCAUGCAUACCAUGGGUUUCCCAGAUGGCAGCAGUAAAAGUAUUGUAGAGCGUGGGGUUCGUCUGACUGCCAUCAGAGACCAUGCACGUCAAACCUUGCGACCUGAGGAUUUCAGUGAGAUCUUUCCUUUUUCAGUUGGACAGUUUGGUACACCUGCAAUCAACUGA